AUGGGUGAUUUCAACUGUAUUAAAUCUCCCGACGAGAAGCAGCUUGGAGUGGCCCCAACUUGGUAUGAGCUUAAGGAUUUUGUGGACUGCUGUACAACACUUGGAUUACUCGACAUUCCCACUACGGGCUGCUACUACACAUGUGCCCAUUUCAAUCCACCGGGAUGCCUUUCUGACCACUCUCCGGGUAUUGUUUCUAUUUUUGAUCCUGCACCAACUAAGCCAAAACCAUUUCGCUUUUUCAAUAUGUGGGCAGAUCAUCUGGAUUUCUUAGCUACUGUCGAAGCUAGAUGGAAUUUGAGCAUGGAGGGAACGCCGCAAUUCAGCCUUUGUAGGAGACUGAAAGCACUUAAAGGCGCGCUUAAGGCAUUCAACAUACAACACUACAACCACAUCUCCGCCAGGGCCAAAGAGGCUGAACUUACCCUGCAAGUUGCUCAGAAUCAACUUGAAUCCAAUCCGGGAGAUGUGGCGCUACGGGACUCUUUAGGUGAUCUUAGGAAGAAGGCCGUUUUUCUUGCCGAGGCCGAACGGCACUUCUUCUACCAGAAGGCCAAGAUCCAUUAUCUUAAAGAGGGGGACCGCAACACCAAGUUCUUCCACGACAUGAGUUCGUUGAUUACUACAUCACUGUUGGGCACCGAGGCUCACACCCUCCCUGUCGAUGAUGGUGUGUUUGAAUGGGGCCCCAUAAUCUCCCCCGAGCAUACCGCGGACCUUUGUCGGGCAGUCACGCCGUUGGAGGUCAAGGAGGCCAUCUUCCAUAUUAGUGACAACAAGGCUCCCGGUCCAGAUGGAUAUUCCUCGUGCUUUUUCAAGAAAGCAUGGAACAUUGUGGGUGAUCAAGUUUGCAGGGCCGUCUUGGAUUUCUUUAGGAGUGGGCGAAUGCUACGGCAACUCAACCACACCAUCAUUACCCUUGUGCCGAAAUCAAAUCAUUCCACCUCUGUUGCGGAUUACCGGUCGAUUUCGUGCUGCAAUGUCAUCUAUAAGGCCAUCACGAAAAUCAUCUCGGACCGGCUCGCGCCCGCUUUGGAGCACUUGAUUGACCGAUACCAAGCUGCGUUUGUUGGAGGCCGUAAUAUCAUAGACAAUAUCUUCUUGGCCCAAGAAAUGGUGCAACAGUACUCGAGGAAGCGGAUUUCACCUCGAUUGGCUUUGAACGGCUCCCUUCACGGGUUUUUUUCGGGGAAGAAAGGCCUAAGGCAAGGUGACCCGAUAUCGCCGACCCUCUUCCUUCUUAGCAUGGAAUAUUUCUCCCGACUGGUCAAGAGGAAAACAUCUACUUUGGACUUCAACUUUCACCCCAAGUGCGAGAAGUUGAAAAUGACGCACCUCCUCUUUGCCGACGACCUCAUGCUUUUCUCCUGUGGCGACCUUCCAUCUAUCCACAUCUUGAUGGAAUGUCUCCAAGAGUUCAGGGACACAUCCGGCCUCACCGUCAAUACCUCUAAGUCAAGCAUUUUCACAGCAGGCAUUCAAAAUGAGGAGCUUGACGGGAUUCUCGCUCGGACGAAAUUUGCGAGAGGUGAGAUGCCGGCCGAUUGGAACUUAUUCGCUCAGUUAUUCAGGGGGUGGAGUGCUACUGGCUCCAAGUUUUCCCACUUCCAGCGGCGGUCAUCGAGAAAAUCUACCGACUUUGCAGGAGUUUUCUAUGGAACUCUAGGAGAGCACCGGUCGCUUGGGAGGAAAUCUGCCAUCCCAAGGAAGAAGGUGGAGUCUGUAUUCGGCACAUACAGUUUUGGAACGUGGCUCUACUUGCUCGUGUAUUAUGGAACAUCCAUCGCAAGGCAGACACGUUGUGGGUGUAGUGGGUCAACGGUGUCUACCUUAGAGAUGCAUCAAUCUGGGACUGGCAACCGAAGAAGGGGGAUUCUCCACUCCUUCAACGGCUUGCCGAAAUCCGCAACAGGGUGGUCACUGAAUUUGGAUCUUCAGAGGCAGCGAUUGAACAAAUGA